UCCAACCGCGAGAAAACACUGGAGAAGAAAAAGCCGCUGCUCGUCUGAGCCGCUUUAGUCCCUCGAUUUAUAAAAAUAAAAACACGUUAUUGUGUCUGGCUCUGAGGAUUUAAAUUGCUGAUGACACGUUUUUGACAUCUUUCGCGAUGUUUUAUAACAUAAAAAGUAAUUCCCAAUGAUCCAUAUAUAAUUCACGAAGGCGCCUAUUUUACAACACCCAGGAGACAAAAGAGGAGGAGGAGCUAUAUGACGUCAGCGAAAGAACCUCCCUCCUAACUUACCAGUUUGUUGUUGAUGCGGCAGGUGUUCAGUUUAUCAUUAUUCGUAUUUUUAUUAGACAUUAUUAUACAUAUAUAAAGUUAUUAUGCCUUCGCGUUGUGUUGCCGGCUUUUGCUCCAAAACCCACAAGGAUGGGGUAAGUUUAUUCAGGUUUCCCAGAGAUCCCGAGCUGCAUGCGAAGUGGGUGAAGCAAGUCAGGCGCACUCGUGACAAGUGGGAGCCCUCACCAACAUCCGUCCUGUGCUCUGAACACUUCGAUUUGGAUUGUUUUGACACCCUUCCCAGCUUAAAAGAAUCUCUUGGGUGUUCAGUUCAGCACAAACGUGUGUUGCUGCCAUCAGCAGUGCCUACAGUAUUCCGGAGGGGGUCUACUAGUAGCUAUGCCGGAUCCAGCAGUCGCCUGGGACAAGCCGACUCCUCCAAAGACAGUCCUCCUGUCAGAACAUGUGUUGAGAAACGACAUAAGAUAAAGCUGUGUGAGGACAUGAAAACCGAGACAUCCAUGGAUGGAGAGACCUCAGAAGCCUGUGUGAAGAAAGAGGAGACGCUGGAGCUGAAUAUCUACAACUAUGGAGACGAUCUCGACAACCCACCUGAAGGUCUCUCCGUUAAAGUGGAAGAUCCUGACGAUAAAGACUAUCUCUACUGUGAAGUUUGCAAAUCCUUCUUCUUCAACAAAUGCGAGGUUCAUGGACCACCCCUCUUCAUUCCCGAUACUCCUGUUCCCAUGGGAGUCCCUGACCGAGCCAGACAAACUCUUCCUCCUGGGCUAGAAAUCCAGAAGUCCAGUAUUCCUGAUGCAGGCCUGGGAGUGUUUAAUAAGGGGGAGACUGUUCCAGUAGGUGCACACUUCGGACCCUGCCAGGGAGAGCUGGUGAACCGAGAGGAAGCCAAGAACAGUGGAGACUCCUUGGUUGUAUACAGGAGCAUGCAGUGUGAAGAAUACAUCGAUGCCAAAAGAGAGACGCAUGUGAAUUGGAUGAGGUAUGUGAAUUGUGCCCGUAAUGAAGAAGAACAGAAUCUUGUGGCAUUUGAGUAUCAAGGGGGAAUUCUGUAUCGUUGCUGUCGAUCCAUUAACCCAGGACAGGAGCUCUUGGUGUGGUAUGAAGAGGAGUACACCAAAGAACUCAGUCCUGCACCUACAGGAACAACCAGACAGCAAGAAGUAAAGAACGCUCUGCUGCAAGUCUUUUCCUGCUCCACAUGCCCUUGUUCCGAUGCAUCUCAAAAUUACCUCGACAAACACAUCCAGAGAUGCCAAGAUGAAGAGGAUGCGAGACUGCGAGAAUCAGGAGAGAUUAAAUAUGAGCUUCAGAUCCCCUCCAAAUGCUCCAGUCGUCAGCCGACAUCAACUGAUAUUAUCCAUUCUGAUACUUCCCAUAAUGAUAUACAGAAGGAAAUUCACCACUGCUCAGAUUCUGAAAAGUGUUUUAGUUAUCAGAAUGCACUCAAAGCACAACAGUGCAUUCACACAGGAGAGAAGCCGUACCACUGCUCACAGUGUGGAAAGAGUUUUACUCGUCAGAGUGCUCUCCAACGACACCAGCGCAUUCACACAGGAGAGAAGCCGUAUCACUGCUCACAGUGUGGGAAGAGUUUUACUCAGCAGAGUACUCUCCAAAGACACCAGCGCAUUCACACAGGAGAGAAGCCGUAUCACUGCUCACAGUGUGGAAAGAGUUUUACUGAACAGAGUGCUCUCCAACGACACCAGCGCAUUCACACAGGAGAGAAGCCGUAUCACUGCUCACAGUGUGGAAAGAGUUUUACUCAUCAGAGUGCUCUCCCACGACACCGGCGCAUUCACAAAGGAGAGAAGCCGUAUCACUGCUCACAGUGUGGAAAGAGUUUUACUGAACAGAGUGCUCUCCAACAACACCAGCGCAUUCACACAGGAGAGAAGCCGUAUCACUGCUCACAGUGUGGGAAGAGUUUUACUGAACAGAGUACUCUCCAACAACACCAGCGCAUUCACACAGGAGAGAAGCCGUAUCACUGCUCACAGUGUGGGAGGAGUUUUACUCAGCAGAGUGAUCUCCAACGACACCAGCACAUUCACACAGGAGAGAAGCCGUAUCACUGCUCACAGUGUGGAAAGAGUUUUACUGAACAGAGUGCUCUCCAACGACACCAGCGCAUUCACACAGGAGAAAAACCGUAUCACUGCUCACAGUGUGGAAAGAGUUUUACUCGUCAGAGUGCUCUACAACGACACUGGCGCAUUCACACAGGAGAAAAACCGUAUCACUGCUCACAGUGUGGGAAGAGUUUUACUCAGCAGAGUGAUCUCCAACGACACCAGUACAUUCACACAGGAGAGAAGCCGUAUCACUGCUCACAGUGUGGAAAGAGUUUUACUGAACAGAGUGCUCUCCAAAAACACCAGCGCAUUCACACAGGAGAGAAGCCGUAUCACUGCUCACAGUGUGGGAAGAGUUUUACUCAGCAGAGUAAUCUCCAAAAACACCAGCACAUUCACACAGGAGAGAAGCCGUAUCAUUGCUCACAGUGUGGGAAGAGUUUUACUCAGCGGAGUGAUCUCCAACGACACCAGUACAUUCACACAGGAGAGAGGCCGUAUCACUGCUCACAGUGUGGAAAGAGUUUUACUGAACAGAGUGCUCUCCAAAAACACCAGCGCAUUCACACAGGAGAGAAGCCGUAUCACUGCUCACAGUGUGGGAAGAGUUUUACUCAGCAGAGUAAUCUCCAAAAACACCAGCGCAUUCACACAGGAGAGAAGCCGUAACACUGCUCAUAGUGUGGGAAGAGCUUUACUCAGCAGAGUAAUCUCCAAACACACCAGCACAUUCACACAGGAAAGAAGCCGUAUCACUGCUGACAGUGUGGGAAGAGUUUUACUCGUCAGUCUUCUCCAACGACACGAGCGCAUUCACGUAGGACAGAAGCCGUAUAACUGAUCAUGGUGUGGAAAGAUGUUUGUUUAUUUAGUUACAUUUAAGACCUUCAGGUGCACUAACUCGGAGACAUUGCAUAAUUUAAAGUUGUCAAAUUAAAUAUGGUUAUUACAGUUUUGACUGAAAAUGACCUGUACUUUGAACUUUAUUCAUGUUACACUGGUCAGUAAUUUUUCAGAAGUUGUCUGCUUCAGCGAUGAAAUUGGCUAUUAUGAAAUUUGGUGUGUUGAAUUAGAAGUGACAGUUAAUCAGCUGAUUGGCUGUGGCUUGCAAGAUAUUUAAGAUUUUAGAUUUUAUACUUAUGUACAUUGUGUAGAUCGUAAUGUUUUAAGUAUAAAUUGUAAAACUAGGUCUCGUGUUUAUGGUUGGUUUACAUGAUAUUUCACCUGUUCUCUUUAUGUAACACUAGAAAAUCAGCUAAAAGUUUAUAUGAAUAAAAUGUAUUAUGAACCAAA